UUUGUCUUUUUUCUUCUUUUGUAGGCGCUAUGCUUUUAUUUUCCCUAAUUCACUUCAAUCUGAACAUCAUGAACUUGCAUGCUUGCACAUGGAGGGAAUGCAAGGGCCUGGCCAACUUCAAGUCUUUCUUAUAUCAAGAGGAAGUACCAAAUUGUUGGUAGAAAGGACCUUCCCGGAGAAUCCUGUAUUCACCUGUCUUCCAAUCACGGUCCCAAAGCUACCUGACGAUCAUUUAGUGAACAUGAUUGGUUCUGAAAACAUAGAACUUGAAGUUGUCAUCAAGAAUUCUGGGGAGAACAUACGUGAAAAACGAACAGUAACACUGAAGCCAAAGAAGAUGUCCGCUGCUCCUCAAAUCUUGAUCCAGACUGACAAAUCCGUAUACAAGCCCGGACAGACUGUGAAAUUUCGAAUCGUCUCACUGAAUGCAAACUUUGAACCUGCAGAUACUAAGCUAGCCUUGGUACAAUUACAGGAUCCAAAACUCAACAGAAUUGGCCAAUGGUUGGAUGUGAAACUUAAUCAGGGAAUGGCUGACCUAUCACACUCUCUGUCUUCUGAACCACAGUUGGGCGAAUAUACUAUUAUAGUGAAGAGUAAAGUCCACAAGUUCAGCGUGGAGGAAUAUGUGCUUCCAAGAUUUGAGGUCAUCUUUGAGCUUCCACAGUUUCUCCUGGCCAACAAGGAAACAUUCCCCGUUAAAAUAUGUGCCAGGUACACUUUUGGAAAGCCGGUUUCAGGACAGUAUAAAGGCAACUUGUGUCGGAGAAAAAUGUUUGGAUUCACCACACCAUCUUCAACUCAAAGACAUGCCUGUGUUCGUUUCAAAGGAGAGCUGGACAAGUUGGGUUGUGCCAAGUUAAUCAUGAAGUCCUAUAAUUUUUACCUUCAACACCCAACAUACACCAUGCUAAUGUCUAUACAGGGAAAGGUUACCGUGACGGAAGAGGGGACAGGAAUAGAAUUCUCUGCAAGUGGAGAAUCCAGAAUCACAACCAUGAACCAUUUACUAGCGUUUCCUAAUGCCAAGAAAACGUACAAGCCUGGGAUUCCGUAUUCUGGAACAGUAGAAGUACUCAAUGAACAGAGAAUCCCGGUUCCUGCCCAGAAAGUUUACCUUACCUGCCGAGAUGGAAAUACGACCUCCAAACACACUCUGAUAACAGAUGGCAAUGGACAUGCUGCUUUUAAGCUGAACAAUACCAAAAACUGGGUGGACAACGUACACUUAACAGCAUCAACCGUGGAAGAAAGUAUCCCGUACUUCCCAGACUUAAAUACCCCACAGGAUUUUAAUGGGCACUUGACCCUCUUGCCCCUGUAUUCUGACAGCAAGAGUUACCUCAGCCUACAGCCUGCGGGGAACAUUCUGUCAUGUGAUCCAGAAGAGGAAGUCUAUGUGGAAUACAUCAUCAGACACACAGCACUGGAGGAGAAGACAAGUCCCUUGCUCCUACAUUACCUGGUCACUUCUAAGAGCACCAUACUGAACUCUGGUUCUCAGGAUAUACCCUUGAGCGGGCCUAAUAAAGAUCUGCAUGGAGAAGUGACCCUCAGGCUUCCUGUAAGAGCUGCAGACUCCUCCACCCUUCAUGUCCUUGUGUUUAUUUUACUCCCAAAUGGGGAGAUAAUAGCGGAUUCUGUAAAAAUCACAAAGAAGAAAUGCUUCAAAAAUCAUGUGGAAGUCGGUUUCUCCCCAGAUGAGGUCCUCCCGGGAUCAGAUGUGUCUCUCCAGGUUCAGGCUGCUCCUGGCUCCCUCUGUGGUCUUAGGGUGGUGGAUCAGAGUGUGGUGUUAAUGAAACCAGAAGCUGAGCUGACUGUUGAUAAAGUUCAUGCCCUCUUCUAUGAAUUUGAUUUUCCCUUCCAACUCGGUUUUAUCGGAAGUAUUGGUGUUCCAGAUGGUGAACCCCGCCGUUGCCGCAAUCGUCCCGGAGAAUAUCAUCAGUUUCCCUUUGGAAUUUUGAUUGCUGAGGAUGAAAUCCAAAAAGUUUUUAUGGACAUGAGUUUGAAUAUUAUAACAAGUGCUCCAACUACAAAACCUUUGCUGUGUCCUGAUUCGUUGGAUUUGGAGGCGGAUGAUCCAGGCCUAGAUUUUUUGGGAGUAGGACCUGGCUUUGGAGUAGGACCUGGCUUUGGAGUAGGACCUGGUUUUGGAGUAGGACCUGGCUUUGGAGUAGGACCUGGCUUUGGAGUAGGACCUGGCUUUGGAGUAGGACCUGGUUUUGGAGUAGGACCUGGUUCUGGAGUCGGUGGAGUCGGUGGAGUCGGUGGAGCUGGAUUAGGAAUUGGGGCAGGGUCAAUGAUACCAGGGGGAGUACCAUCAUUUAAUGCUCUCCCUGGCAUCUCAACUCUAACAAACCCGGAGUUUAUUAGGAAAUACUUUCCUGAGACCUGGAUAUGGGAGCUGAUGCCAGUUGGGAACUCUGGCACUGUAGAGCUCCAUCGGCCGGUUCCAGAUACAAUCACAGACUGGAAUGCAGGAGCUAUGUGUAUGGGACCCGAUGGAUUUGGCUUGUCGCCCUCGGUGCCUCUCAGAGUCUUCCAACCUUUCUUUGUGGAGCUUGCUCUGCCAUACUCUGUAGUUAGAGGAGAGUCCUUUACUCUGAAGGCUUCCGUGUUCAACUACUUGCAGCAAUGUAUCAAGGUUCAAACUGUCCUGCUGCCUUCUUUGGAACUGGAACAGGAACUUUGCUCCAAUUGUCAGUACAGCAGCUGCCUGUGUGCAGAGGAGAGCAAAACCUUCUACUGGAAUGUGACAGCCAGCAAGCUUGGGGAAGUGAACAUCACAGUGAGGACAGAGGCAAUAAGUACAACAGACAUGUGUGAUAACGAGAUUCCUGUUGUUCCAAAGCGGGGAAAUAUCGACACCAUCAUCAAGCCAAUUAUUGUGAAACCUGGUGGUAUCUUAGUGGAAAAGUCUCACAAUUUCAUGAUUUGCAUUCCAGUGGCGCAAGUUCAGGCAACCCCAGAGGAGUUCUCCUUAAACGUUCCAGAAGAUAUUCUGGAGGAUUCUGAGAGAGCAUAUGUGACACUUGUUGGAGAUAUGAUGGGUACAGCCAUGCAGAAUUUGGACAGACUGUUGGCUAUGCCAUAUGGGUGUGGGGAGCAGAACAUGGUCCGUUUUGCCCCCAAUAUCUUUGUUCUGCAGUAUCUGGAGAAGACUAAUCAAUUGACUGAUGAGAUCAAGAGCAAAGCCACCGAGUUCAUGGAGAAAGGGUAUCAGAGGCAGCUCAAGUACAAACAUGCCGAUGGAUCAUACAGUGCGUUUGGAAACGGCGAGGAUGGAAACACAUGGCUUACUGCCUUUGUGGUGAAGUCAUUCAGCAAAGCCAAAAAUUACAUAUACAUUGAUGACGUUCAAUUGAGUAAUUCCUUGUCUUGGUUGACUAAAAACCGAUACUAUACCGGCUGCUUCCGUAAUGUUGGCAAGCUCUUCCAAUCUGCUCUAAAGGGAGGAGUGGAAGAUGACGUUUCUUUGUCUACAUAUGUGACCAUAGCACUGCUGGAGGCGGAUGUGCCAAAAGAUAGCCCAGUUGUCAGGGAUUCAGUGACUUGUCUACAACGACUUGCCAUCAGUGUGACUAAUAUGUACACCCAGGCAUUGCUGGCCUACGCAUUCACUUUAUACGGUGACAUGUACAACCGUCAGAUCAUGCUGAACAGACUGAACCCAAGAGCUGUGAGAAGAGAGGGGGAACUGUACUGGCAACCAAAGCCCACAUCUCCCUCUGAUCCGUUCUGGCACCGGGCUUCUUCUACGGAGGUGGAGAUGACAUCCUACGUGCUCCUGGCUUUGCUCUCAGCACCCAGAGUAGACUUUCUGGGAUCUUCUCAAAUUGUCAGAUGGCUGAGCAAACAACAAAAUGCAUUUGGAGGAUUUUCAUCCACCCAGGACACAGUUGUGGCUCUCCAGGCUCUUUCCAAGUAUGCAGAGGCGGUGUAUAGUGGUAGGAGAGAUGCGACAGUGACCAUCACUUCCAAGACAGGAUUUCUGGAGAAGUUCCAUGUGAAUAACAAUAACCGAUUCCUCCUUCAGAGGGCGACAGUACCUGGCAUUCCCGGAAACUACACUGUGACAACUACAGGGAGUGGCUGUGUCUACGUACAGGCAGUUCUGAGAUACAAUAUCCCUGCAGAGAGGAGCCACGCUGCCUUCAUGAUCACACUGGAUGUCAAUUCAACCCAAUGCACCAGAGACCUGCUGACAAAACUUGAGAUGAACAUAGCUGUAGUUUACGUAGGCUCUCGUCAGAGGUCUAACAUGGCUAUUAUAGAAGUGAAUAUGUUGUCUGGUUUCACUGCAGCAAAGAGCUCAAUAGAACUGCUGAAGAGGAAUAGAGUGAUACAGAGAGCAGAGACUGGUGAUGAUGUCAUAAACCUUUACCUGGAUGAGAUUGGACGUUCUCCUAUCAGAUUCGCCUUUACGGUGGAGCAAGAAUUUCCAAUAUUAAACCUCAAACCAGCCACAGUGAAGGUGUAUGACUACUACCAGACAGAUGAAUACGCCAUUGUGGACUAUCGCUCACCCUGUACCUGGUGAGAGCAGACGGCUGUUCUGUCAUUUUUGUCUCUCUUCUCUCUGCUAUCAAUAUUUCUAUAAAAUUUUCUACAGAGUGUCAGUUGUAUGUAUAUGUAUGUAGGGUUAUGUACAGCGGCGGCUGGUGCUCCAUCGGUCGAGGG